CCUGAGCGCGGUGACUGGCGGCGGCACUGGCGGCAGCUGGAGGCGUAAUAGUGCGGGUCGCGGGCUUGGAGAACUUCAGAGGCGGCGGUGGCGCCGGCGACGACGAGGACAGCAGGAGCGGGCCCUGGGCUUGUCGCUCACCAUGCCAACCGUAGAAGAGCUUUAUCGCAACUAUGGCAUCUUAGCCGACGCUACGGAGCAAGUUGGCCAGCAUAAAGAUGCCUACCAGGUGAUACUAGAUGGUGUGAAAGGUGGUACAAAGGAAAAAAGAUUAGCAGCUCAGUUUAUUCCGAAAUUCUUUAAGCAUUUUCCAGAAUUGGCUGAUUCUGCUAUCAAUGCACAGUUAGACCUCUGUGAGGAUGAAGACGUAUCAAUUCGACGGCAGGCAAUUAAAGAGCUGCCUCAGUUUGCCACUGGAGAAAAUCUUCCCAGAGUGGCAGAUAUACUAACCCAACUUCUGCAGACAGAUGAUUCUGCGGAAUUUAAUUUAGUGAACAAUGCCCUGUUAAGUAUAUUUAAGAUGGAUGCAAAAGGGACUUUAGGUGGCUUGUUUAGCCAAAUACUUCAGGGAGAGGACAUUGUUAGAGAACGAGCAAUCAAAUUCCUCUCCACAAAACUUAAGACUUUACCAGAUGAGGUCUUAACAAAGGAAGUAGAGGAACUUAUACUAACUGAGUCCAAAAAGGUCCUAGAAGAUGUUACCGGUGAGGAAUUUGUCCUGUUCAUGAAGAUACUGUCCGGGUUAAAAAGCUUACAGACAGUGAGUGGAAGGCAGCAGCUCGUAGAGUUGGUGGCUGAGCAGGCCGACCUGGAACAGACCUUCAAUCCCUCGGAUCCUGACUGCGUGGACCGCCUCUUGCAGUGCACUCGGCAGGCUGUCCCCCUCUUUUCGAAAAAUGUGCAUUCCACACGGUUUGUGACUUAUUUCUGUGAGCAGGUUCUCCCUAACCUCAGUUCCUUGACUACUCCCGUGGAGGGGCUUGAUAUACAGUUGGAGGUAUUAAAACUAUUGGCAGAGAUGAGUUCAUUUUGUGGUGACAUGGAAAAGCUAGAAACAAAUUUAAGGAAACUGUUUGACAAGUUAUUGGAGUACAUGCCUCUCCCUCCGGAAGAAGCAGAAAACGGGGAGAAUGCCGGUAGUGAAGAACCCAAGCUACAGUUCAGUUACGUGGAGUGUUUGUUGUACAGCUUCCACCAGUUGGGCCGAAAACUUCCAGAUUUCUUAACAGCCAAACUGAAUGCAGAAAAGCUCAAAGAUUUCAAAAUUAGGCUGCAGUACUUUGCCCGGGGUCUGCAGGUUUACAUCAGACAACUUCGCUUGGCUCUGCAGGGUAAAACAGGCGAGGCCUUAAAAACAGAAGAGAACAAGAUUAAAGUUGUUGCAUUGAAAAUAACAAAUAAUAUCAACGUUUUAAUCAAGGAUCUCUUCCACAUUCCUCCUUCUUAUAAAAGCACAGUAACAUUAUCCUGGAAACCUGUUCAGAAGGUUGAAAUUGGGCAAAAGAGAGCCAAUGAAGAUACAACUUCUGGUUCACCACCCAAGAAAUCUCCAGCAGGACCAAAAAGGGAUGCCAGGCAGAUUUAUAAUCCUCCUAGUGGGAAAUAUAGCAGCAAUUUGAGCAACUUUAAUUAUGAGCAGAGAGGAGCCUUCAGGGGAAGUAGAGGUGGCCGAGGUUGGGGAGCACGAGGAAAUCGUAGUCGGGGAAGACUCUACUGAAUAAGACAUCACAUUCUUCAGCAUUGUCAUGAGCUUAAUAUACUUAAAUUCUACUACUCAUUGGAUUGCCGGGGAUGUCCCUUUAAAAGGACUGCUGCCUUCAGCUAAAAACUUAAUGUUCUUUAUACCUUUGUAUGUAUGAUCUACUUUUGUAACAGACCAUGGUUGUGUCCAAGGUAAAAACCACAGUGAUAUUUUUGGAUGCUUUGUUCACAAUCUUGACUUGUUUUUGCAAUAUCAUCAUUAUUCAAACUUCAUGUUGUGAAUCUUUUAACAUCUUGAUAAUUUGUUUUUGAAAGCUAUUCAAGUCUAAAACGUAAUGAAAUUCAGUCCAUUUUUGGUAUCUGGUAAAGAUGAUCAGUUGAAAGUUUACGGAUUUCCUCUACCCUCUGUCGUGUUUUUUUUUUCUUUCUCUUUUGUCCUAUAUAUGGAGAAGAGUAAUGGUCAAUCUUAACAUUUUAUUCUCAUUGUUUUUUAAAUAAAGCUGCUAGGCAUUUCCUACCUAGUGUUAUAAAAGCAAAAUACUUAUCAGCUUCCUAAAAUGUAGAUGACAUUACAUUUUUAGGAGGCAGUAAGUUACUUUGUACUGCUUACUUAACUCUUCUCCAUAUGUUGCGAUAAACUUUUGACUAUGGGAUCUUACUACUUACAUAGAAAUGUGUAUGUAUAAUAUACAUACAUAAACAUAUAUGUGUGUGUGUGUAUGUGUGUAUAUAUAUAUAUACACGCAUGCUGUGAAACUUGACUACACAACAUACAUCAUUUUCUAAAAUUCCUGGAACGGGUAGUCUUUGACACGGUGAUGAUCCUUUUAAGACUGAAUCCAUUAUUAACUUGUUACCUAGGUUUUCCUCCCAGUAGUGAGGGAUUUUGAGUCAGUUGCACUUACAUGAUUAUUGUUAUUUAAAACUAAAAAUAAAGGCUGCAUUUUCAAAGAUAAAUUCGGAGAUCCCUGCUGGAGAAAUACAGCCAAAAUAUUGAAUCGGAUGUACAUAUAGGUUUCUACAGGAUGAGAUAGCAUAAUUUAGAAUUUGGGGAUUUAAUAACCAGGGCAACCCAGGAAAAGUGACUUGAAAACACGGUGUACCAAUAAGUAAGGGAUGCUCUCUCGGUUUGCUUUUGCCACUUUCAAGAUUUUAACUUCUCAGGUUAUUAAUCAAAAUUAUUGUAUAAGUUAGCUAGUAGAAUCUUUAGGUUAAAACAACAGACGGGGGGGUUGUGGAGUGUUUAAUGUCAUGGGCAUUUUUAGUAGCAUAGGCCCUUUGCUCUGCUUUUGAAUGUUCCAUAUAUUUUUGUUCCAGUUAAUCUUCCUUCCCCCAAGUUUGCUAUUCAGAUUCAAUGCCUGAAUGACAUUUUCUAGUAGUUUGACAUAUUUUUGAGGAAUAGUUUGCGAUUCCAGUGCAGGUGUCUUCAUUACUCUUACCUCUACAUUGGGGACAAAGCAAAACCCCUUUGUUAGAAUUACUUACUGCACGUGUUUAUGGGAAAAAUAUUUUUUUUAAAGACUAGAAUGAUACAAGUGAGCAAAAGAAGUUGGUCAGCUUGACUAUGGAGUGGUGGCAAUAAUCUCUAAAACAUUCCAAAAGACUGAGCUGAACCUAAGCUCCCUUGGAAUCUGGACAAACAUAGGAACAUGGAAUUGCCAUUUGAAAACUGUGACCAGAUAGUCUGGACCUCAGAGGCAUCAGCCAGUGGCCAAAAGCCAUUUCAAGUACAGAAACUAUUGGGACUACAGUUAUAUAAAUUUCAACAUUAAAUGUAACUUUUCGUUUUUCCAUUUUAAAGCCUAUUUGUAAACUCAAAGUUGAGCAGAAGUGACUUUACUUUCUCAAGUUUGAUACUGAGUUGACUAUGUUCCUUCCUUCACCACCUCAUUGUUCCCCUUACCUUUCCUAAGGCAACACUGCACAACUUAGGUUAUUUUUCCUUCAGAAAUUUGAAUGAAAAACUUCAUGCCAUGAUUUUUUUUCUUUUGCAAGACACCUGUUAUUACCUUGUUCAAAUGUAAAUGUUCCCUUAUGCUUUUGAAUAAAUUUCCUUUUGUAAUUUUG